CAAUCAUCACUCAGGGUCACGAUCUGCCAUCCAAUCAGAACGCGUCUUGAGAAAAAAGGGGCGGGGCAAUAGCGUCACUCACUUCUUCCUGGUGUUACCGGAUUCAACUUCCGGCUGCAUCGUCCUCUGGAAAUCACAACAAUGGGCAGUGUUUUGGCUGCCAGCUCCCCCAACCCCCCACCACCUGCCUCUGGCGGUGCUGCUGCCGCCCCCGGGUUGACGGUGCCGCCAGGCUUCGGGAUGCCUCCAGUCUCUUCCAUUAUACCCUCAGGAGAGGAGCAGGAGGCAGAAAACCCUCUGCCUAACCCGGGUGCAUUUGAUGAGUGUCAUCGCAAGUGUAAAGAGGUGUUCCCUAUGCAGAUGGAGGGCGUCAGACUAGUUGUCAACAAGGGCCUUAGCAACCAUUUCCAGGUGAACCACACGGUGCUGCUGAGCACCACGGGAGAUUCCACCUACAGGUUCGGCGCUACAUACGUCGGAACAAAGCAGAUGGGUCCAGCAGAGUUUUUUCCAGUCAUGGUGGGAGACAUGGACAACAGUGGCAGCCUUAAUGCCCAGGUCAUCCACCAGAUCUCCAGCGGAAUACGAUCCAAACUGGCCUUCCAGACACAACUGAACAAGUUUGUGAACUGGCAAGGCGAUGCUGAGAUUAAGGGAGAAGAUUACACUGCAACGAUUACACUUGGAAACCCAGACGUCCUCGUCGGCUCUGGUAUUGUUGUAACACACUACCUCCAGUCCAUAACGCCGACUCUGGCUCUGGGAGGGGAGCUGGUUUACCACCGCAGGCCGGGAGAGGAAGGCACCGUGAUGUCGUUAGUCGGCAGAUACACAGGCAGUAACUACAUCGCUACAUUGACACUGGGCUCAGCGGGGGCUCACGCUUCAUACUAUCACAAAGCCAACGAGCAGUUGCAGCUCGGCGUGGAGUUUGAGGGGAGCACCCGCAUGCAAGACACCAGCGUGUCGUUCGGCUACCAGCUAGAUGUGCCUAAAGCUAAUUUACUGUUUAAAGGUUCCAUAGACAGUAACUGGGUAGUCGGUGCAACGUUAGAAAAGAAGUUGCUCCCGCUGCCGCUCUCUCUGGUCCUCUGCACCUUCCUCAACCACCGCAAGAACAAGUUCCAGUGCGGCUUUGGCGUCACCAUCGGUUAGACUUGACUGAGCGGCGGGUUAUCGACCCGCAGACCGACCUCACAGAACGGACAGACUCACCGUGGACGAGCAAACUAUGCCAUGUACAACACUGUGUGUCCCAUCACUUCAAUCCGUCUCUCCAUUAGGCCAUUAUCACGUUAUUGGUUUCAUCAAAUGAAGGUUAUAAUGUAAAUGUAAUGCAUUUAAUCCUGUAAGAUUAAUCGGCCUGAAUGAUCAGAAGUGAAACUAAUGAUGUGAUUGGUCGGGAAUUUGUUGACUCUCGACUCAAACCAAUAGGCUGUAGAAAGACGUAACACAUUAAGAGACAUUACAGAAUUACAGAGCUCUUUGUUUUUGUCAUUGAGUUCAGUGCCUGUCGCUCCGGUCUUGAAUUCUAUUCUCGUUUUGUUUUUUUACUGUAAAGUCUGUCUUGGCGUGCGGUGAAUGAAAUCGUUGUGCUUGUUUAAAGAGGAUUUAUUGGUUACAGACAUGUUUACCAGCUAUCAGGGGGGAGUGUACUGUACUGCAUGUCACGUUAACAAUCCAUCACUUGUUUUAUUGCCUUUUUUAUGUUACAUACAUAUGGAACAGUAUACAUAUGGCCUGUAUAUACCUCUUGGAAACUGAUAAAUACCAUUUCUUACAAAAGAAAACUGCACGUCUUUGGUCGUUUUCUUCAGUCCGUCUCGUCUCUGCUGGAUUGUGAUUUCAUAUGAAUUUCUUAAGGAGUGCUCAAGUCAGUUGAUUCCAGAUACCUCAGAACAUGGAGAUUAUAAACCCUAAAACUGUGUCAAAUUAGUACAAUUCUGACUAAAUAUUAUGUGUCACCCCUACCAACUAUAAUAAAUGAGAUUCAGGUACAGUUGCAGUUUUGUCAGUGGUCACAAAUCACUUUAUCUGUUGCCUUUUAUGGAGUCAUAGGUGUGCCAUAAAAAAAAUAAUAAAUCUGUAAAAGAAUAAGGAAAUUACAAAUAAAAUAAUAAUUGUAAGCA